AAAACUGCUUGUGGACGGGCUUCCUUUUACCAGCCAGCCCCACCCACCUCCAGGUGGUUUAAACUUUGACCCUCUUGUCCUGAUGCUCAGUUUCGUCUUCCUCAAUUUUGUGACAUUUGGAACUUCAAGAACUGGAGGUGCAGAGGACUAAGAGACAGAGAUUAAAAUGGCUUCCAGAGGAAAGACAGAAACAAGCAAAUUAAAGCAGAAUUUAGAAGAACAAUUGGAUAGACUAAUGCAGCAAUUACAAGAUCUGGAGGAAUGCAGAGAGGAACUUGAUGCAGAUGAAUAUGAAGAGACCAAAAAGGAAACUUUGGAGCAACUAAGUGAAUUUAAUGAUUCACUAAAGAAAAUUAUGUCUGGAAAUAUGACUUUGGUAGAUGAAUUAAGUGGAAUGCAACUGGCUAUCCAGGCGGCUAUCAGCCAGGCCUUUAAAACCCCAGAGGUCAUCAGAUUGUUUGCCAAGAAACAACCAGGUCAGCUCCGGACAAGGCUAGCAGAGAUGGACAGAGAUCUCAUGGUGGGAAAACUAGAGAGAGACCUAUAUACUCAACAGAAAGUGGAGAUACUAACAGCUCUCAGGAAACUUGGAGAGAAGCUGACAGCAGAUGAUGAGGCCUUCUUGUCAGCAAAUGCAGGUGCUAUACUCAGCCAGUUUGAGAAGGUCUCUACAGAUCUUGGCUCUGGAGACAAAGUUCUUGCUUUGGCCAGUUUUGAGGUCGAAAAAACAAAAAAAUGACGUGGUGUGGAAGCUUGGAACUUUGAUAGCAUUUUUGUUGUAAAUGAUGUUUUCUUCUGGGGAUUUUGAGUCAUUGAAAAGGAAGCAAGAGAUUCUUGAAGUGCAUAAUAAUCUAAGAAAAGGUGACAGUGUACUGAUGGUUCGUCAUCCUUCUGGGGGGUCUCAGGUAUCCUGGGUUUGCUGGGGUGACAGCACCCACCGACCCUUACUGUGAUUUGUUGUUUAAGAGCGAGAACAGAAAACGGUUUCUCCGCUUCUUUUUAUCAAGGCUCCUUGUUCUUAAAUGCUGGUACUCAAUGAAAAGUUACGAACUAACGAUUCCUUUCUGUUCAUAAUCUACCCCUUCCUGUUGGGAUGAACAGUAUAGCUCCAUCAACAAACCUCAUGUGGUCACAGAAUUUUAGAAUUCUAAGUGCUCAUAGAAAUAGUUUCAUUUUACAAACAAGGAAACAGGCUCGGAGAAAGCAAGGGACUUACAUAAAGUCAUCUAAGAGUCAGUGCGAGGGCCAAGACUCAGGUGUCCCGACUCUCCGGUCAAUGUCCAUUGAAUUUUAUUUCUUCUGUGCUGUUUAAAAAAAGUUUUUACAUGUUUGUGGAAGUCCAUGUUUAUGAAAACUCAAUGUCCCAGCAAAAAAUUGCCACGAAGGGACCAUUCUCCAGCCCGUAAGGUCUCCCUAUGAAUGGGGCCCAUUGUGUCUCUGAGUGUUGAGCUUGGAACAGUGGGCGCCCUGUUGAGAGUCUCCUGAAGUAACUUAACCUCCUGUGUUGUUUCUCCUGGGAAGCAAUUGGAAUUGGCAGCUAGACGCCUCCCCGCGUGUGACCUCUCCUGAAACCAGGAGGUUGCUGGAGCUAAGCUACUAUUUACUCUUCAGCUUUUGGAGAAACACAAAAUAAGUUACACGGAAAAGCAGGGUUCUCGCCUGCAUGCUCACAUCUUUCUGCGUGCUCAAGUAGCUAGUUUUGCCCGUGGGUGUGCGUGUGAGCUAAUUCCUGAGGCUCCGGCCACUUUAUUUUCUUUCAUGUAUUUUCAAUAUUCCUUUUCUUUGCAUUUUAUGCAAAUUAAAAGCGGAAGCUUCUUGUAUGCUGUCAGCUCUACUAGGUGCUCUGCCAACUGGACGCAAUUAGGGCACCUCAGCUACAUUAAUGCCUUAUUUGGAACUUUCAGUGGAUAAUUUUUUAUAUAUCAGUUAAUGAUGGUCAAAAGCUCACAAUGAAAUUGUGACACACCAAGAAAAAGCAUCUUACGUGCUAUUCAUCUAGGGCUUCAUGGCCAAUUGUCAUUUCGUUAUUUUGUGAGGGUUUUUGUUUAAUUGAAGAAAAUUCAUAGAACAGAAAAUUUACCAUCUUAAAGUAUAUGAUCCAUCAGUAUUUAGUACUUUCUCAGUGUUGUAUAACUAACACCACUAUCUAGUUGCAAAACAUUUUCAGCACCCUCAAAAGAGACCCCAAAGCCCCUAAGCAGCCACUCCCCACCCCCUCCACUUCCCUCCAGCAAACACUAGUCUCAUUUUCUGUCUACGGCUUUUCCUAUUCUGGCUAUUUUCAUGUAAGUGGAACCAACACAGUGACCUUCUAUGUUAGACUGCUUUCACUUAACAUAGUAUUUUUUUAAAGGUUUGUUUAUUUAUGCAUACAAGAGCUGGGUAUAGGCCAUAGAUGCUGGGGGUGAGAGGAUUCACCAGAGACAGAGUGGGGAACAGAACAGGCAGAUCGACCGAAGUACACUGUGAGGGGAGCAGCAGGCGAGGCAGGAGAGGUCUGCUGCGCCAUGUGGGUAGCUCCCUGGCCAGUCAGGGAUUGAACUCGUGCUGCAGAGGCUGCGGAUUGCUUCAUAGUGCAGUGCUUAACCCUUUGCGCCUCCAGGAAGGCCCCUAGCAUAGUAUUUUUGAGGUUAAUCUACUUUAUAGCGUGUAUCAAAACUUCUUUCCUUUUAAUGGCUGAAUAAUAUUCCUUUGUGUGAACUCAAUAUUGUAUUUAUCCACUUCUCUCACUGGGUUUUUUCCUUCCUUUUGGCGAUUGUGAAUAACGCUGCUAUGAACAUUUGUGUACCAGUAUUUGUUUAAAUACCUGUUAUCCGUUCUUUUAGGUAUAUACCUAGAAAUGGAACUGCUGUGAGUUUUGUUGUUGUUUUCAGCCAUAGCUACAUUCCCCCUUUUCCUCCAGUAGUAGGUGAGGAAAAUUAGGAAUCAUUUGUAUUUGAAAGGGGCCUACAUGAAUCUGGAGUCCUUAAUUUUGGUUUCCCUUAAACUUUCUGUUAGGCCAACAUCUACAAAAUAUUUUGCCAUUAAUGACAUAAAAUCACAUUGAUUUUAUAAAUUAUAACUAGUGCUCAAUUUUAAAUUAGUCUUUAUUUAAAAGUGACCAAGUUUGCAGUACCUACCAAGACACUGUCCCUCAUCACCAGAUGGCCGUCCGUGGGUUACUUAAUCUUUAUGAGCUGCAUUUUCCUCUUCUGGUCAAUGGGAAUAGUAGGGUCUGCUAACCACAUGGGACUACUGUGCAUUCCCCCCCUGAUCGCAGAAGGAAGUUUUGCAUUGGAGCUAAUCGAGCAUUUAACAGCUCUCUCUCAAGCACCAUUCAGUAUGGUUUGUUUCCUAAGUUCUGCAUUUAAUUCAGAAAAGUGAAAAGUGAGUAUAUUCUAUGCAACUAUAGUUAAUAACUAACUUUCAGUCUGUGUCUUCCUGUCUGUAUUUGGCUAUAUUUAAUCUUGGCUUGGUUUUUCUUUUUAGACCUCUUGGGAGGUCUCAGACUGCAAUAACUGAUGCUAAGGUAGCUCACUUUAUGACAUCCUGGGUCAAGCUGAUAUUUUAGUGAAAAGAAUUCCUGCCCUGCCUUUUUCAAAGAACUGGGGUUGAAGCAGAAUUCUAGUGGGCAAGUGUCCGACCAAGCUAUUUAAUGAAAUCUGAUAAUUUCAAACAAUUCUUCUGUUUCAGUGCUUUGUUUUUAUCCUGUGAGUGGUAAGAUAAGGAUUCUAGGUGGGUGGCAGAGGAAGAAACCAAGUGGUAGAAGGAGUUGUUCCCAGGGAAGAAUUAGAGCUGGGAUGGAUGAAUUGUUAACUUUGAUUGCUAGGCCUUUUGUUGAAGACACUCAGCCAAGCCGCCAGGGACUGGUCAUCUUUAGCAAAAUAAAAGGCUGUUCAACUCCACCAUUAAAACGUAUCUUAUUACAGUGAAUGAUGGAUAUAGUUUGAAAUCAUUUCAGAAAAAAUAAACCCAGACCAUUUUGCCUAGAGCUUUUCAACCACUUUCCUGCCCAUUUUUUCCCUAUUCUAUUCAUUACUAAGACCAAAGAAUGCUUGUCUUUGCCUCUCAAAAUGUUUUCCAGCAUUAAUAUGUAAAUUAAAACUGUCAAUGUUCCCACAAACCCCCAUGAACAAGCUGUAAUUGCUUCCAGUCUGUCUGGCCCUGGAAUGAAAAGAUUUCAGAAACUGGAGAAACUAGUAUUUAAUAUUUUUAUUAAGUUACAGAAAGCAGGUUAAAAAUGUGACUUUUCAAAGAUAUUCCCCUCUAAUGUGGCCUUUUGGCUUCCUGACUUUUUUUGAAAUCCCUCUGCCCGUUCACACUAUUUCAAUGUGCAGAGAACAGAACUCUCAAGGGGCCUCAAAUACAAGGGGUCAGUGACGUUCUGAGUUCGCAGCAGAGGCCUUGCUGUUCCACGCAGAGGACCAAGUGGAGAGAUCAGAGGCUCUCGUGCUGGGUGUUUUUCCUGCGAAGAUCACGUUCCCUAGAGUCUCAGACAAUAGACUCCAUGAAAAAUAACAAAAUUAUUUUCUAUAAAGAUCAAGAAGAGCCACCAGUCUUUUGAGUUAAAGAGGAAGAUGAUGCUCUAAGUGUUCUAUCUAAGGGCAUGUCUACCACAGAUCCUUUGCCCCAACUUCUAGCCUUGGCUUGGAAAUGUUGAAACCUUCCCAUGAAAACCUGAUUUUGUGUUGUAGUCAGAAUUUCAGUACAUGCUUUAAGGGUUGAAGUUAUCUUAAUUAUGUCUGCUCACUUCAAAAUGAUUUAGUAGAUCAGCUGUUCCUUUUUGACAGGGGGCUGUUCUUUCUGGAAGGUGUAUUUUAAUUUAAUGAUUUUUUUCGCUGGGUGAAAACCUGCUUCCUUCAGGCCUAGCAUUGUUCCUCCAAUACUCAUAAACCUGGAUGAGUUAAAAACUAAGGACAGAUAUACCCUCAAUGAUGGCCAACAGAUAGGUCAUUUAGAUACAAACAAAUGUUUGGCCUGGAGUAGGUAAUUUCUGAUCAUGUUCACUCUAUGAUUUGACCAUCAUCUUAGAAAAUGUGGUGGUUUUCCCACUUCAUCUUAAAAACAUACAUAUACAUUACUGUCAGCAUCUCACAUUCUAUCCCAAGUUCAUUCUAGGUGUGGUGAAUUGCAUCUUAUAUUUGGUUCAUAAAGCUCUGAGCUUAUACUUAUUUAUUUAAAUAUUUUGUUUCAUCUACUCGGGAAAGGACCAUUUGUUCUUUGGGAGCAAACAGGCAAAAUCUCAGUCCUUAGCCUUGGUCCCCCCACUCCAUCUUGUCCAGAAGGAGGUGUGGUGUGCAAGAAAGUAACACCAGCAGAACUCCAUGUAGCAGAGUGUCUACAGGUGUGCUCUGUCUUUAACUUGUGAGCAUGAGGAGAAAUGAAGGGUGGGAGAGAGGCCUGCCCCUGAGCUUGCAUCCUGCUGGGGCUGGACUGGCCAGUGGCCUCCCACAGCCACUCUUGCCAGAACAGGACAUUAGUUUGUUACAAUCAAAUUGUUAGGGGGAAAGGAUGUCCUGAGCUAAUUCCAUGCAGGCUUUGUGGACUCCACCCCCGCUCCAGACCAAAGCCAUCAAGACAUUGGGAAAGACAAUCCUGUCACCACCCAAGGGAAGGUGGCUGGGACCUGAGGGUGGAGUUCAGCAGCCAGGGUUGGUAUAAAAACCAAACACGUGGGCCUUGGGGGGCUCGCGCUCUCCCUCGCCCCCCGGCUUCCCAGCUCCCGGCUCGCGGCCAGCUCUCAGUGCCCUUUGGGAUUCCAGAUCGGCGGGUCGGGUAGGAUGCAUUUAAGACUUUGUCUCCCGCUUUUCUCCCUGAGCUGUCCAUUUCCUCACUUGCCCUUCCCUGGUCAAUAAACCUUUUAUGAACCUUUCGUGUGUGCCCGCAGUGGAGGAGUGAGAAGUCCUUGUAAGCGCACGGGUGAGGACCCACAGUCAGGCACCCUGUUUUGUAUCGGGGCUGCCCUAUAACAAAAGCACUGAACAGAUUGUGUCCACUGGCCUUUUGGUUUGAAAAACUCAAAAUGUAACUUUUCCCCUGGUGGGGAUUUGGUCUUAAAAUUUGAAAGAGGAAAACAUUUUUGGAAAAUCUUAACAGUUAUUGCUAUGUGGGAGAGGGAAUGUUUCUAUCUGCCUUCUCUCUUAAUUGUAGGAUCAGUGACUGAGUGCUGAUACAUGCCAGACACAUUACUUGGUGCUUGUUAAAUUUUCUGAAAUGAGUGUUAGAGUCCUUUUUUUUUUCCUUAAAUAAGACUCUUAAGUGUUGAUAUAAUUAAGAGGUUUAGAUACCCAGCUAUAUCACCAAGUUUAUUUUACAAUAAAGUGGUGUUUUAAAUGGACCUAACCAUAAAAAAAGAUACAUUUAAUAUUUAACUCUAUCACAAAUAGCUAUGUCCUUAGAAGCAGUUUUUCAGGUAUACUUCUAUAUGCUGUAAUGAAUAGUACUCUUGGACAGAAUCCUGACAAUGCAUUUGAUCUAAAUGAUCUCUUUUGUCUAUUUUUAACCUCAUCCUUUAAUCAAUCUUAUGAAGUGCAUAUUAUUGAAACGCGUUAGUUUUUUUUUUUUUGACAAACACUAAAUGGAGAGAAAAUUCAAAUAUUCCUGCAGAGAGGAAAAAAACUUUCACCUUUUAAGUUCUCAACUGGGACCCCUGUAAUAAAGGAUUAGCAAGUGAAAGGCAUACACAUUUACUGGAAGUUUUGCUGACUGGAGGGGGGAGGCUUCCCUAGUUGAUAAAGACCCACAGAGAUGCUAAACCUGCCUGUACCAUGCAGGCUUGAGGCUAGAUGCUGCCCAGGGCAUGGUCUGAUAGGACAGAGGUGAGCUGAGUAUAACCUGGGGCAAUUUAGAGAUAACCAUUCAGAUUCCUCCCUGGGCCCUUUGUUUCCACAUCUGAGAUAAAGGCAGUUCCCCCUCCCCCACAGGAAGGACCCUUCUCACCUUAGGGUUCAUAAGCCGCUUCAGGGAAGGCCAGAAGGUCCUUCCUGCAGAGCCAUUUCUCACAUUCCUCCAGCCUGAAGUUCUCCGUAUGCCAAGGGGCCCUCAUUUCUAGUCUGAAUUCCAUUAUACUCUUAGUUAUUUUUGUCCUGUUUUGUCAAAUUGCCUUCCAAAUAUUCAUGUAGAUAUUUUGUGAAGAAAGGUUAUGAAAUGUAAAAAUUGCUUUGAAACUACCGCAUAGGAACUGUGUAAAAGCUAAAUACCACUUUCACUAAAAAAUUUUUUUUUUUUUGGUGGGACCCUCGCCCUUGGCCAGUGAACGAACCGGCGCUGCAGAGGCUGCGGGCAGCCUGGCAGCCCAGCGCUCAGCCGCUGCGCCACCAGGGGAGGCCCUCAUUAAAAUAUUAAUCUUAAAAUACACAUUUUAAGAGUAUCAAAAUGGAAACAUUGUGUUUGGUUUGACUAAGGAAGCUUGUAUGUUCAGUCUAGUUAUCAAAAGUGAUGGGAAAUUAAAAUCAAAAUAAAAUUAUUAAGAGUACCCAACGUCGGAAAAGCCUCUAAUUCUGUUACCGUCUGUCUUUUCCUUUCCGAGAGGUGAGAUACAUUACUUUUUCUGUUUUAUUUCCUUUUAAUGAUGUAAGUUGUGCUAAAGAGAUACUACAAUGGCCCAAGAUAUCCUAGCGAAGAGUGUUACUGGUUUUGUGGGAGCCCUGAGCUAAUAUUGGUCUCUACAGUAGGGCAUCAUUGGUUGCAGAAGUGGGACACAAGUAAAACAAGUCCUUUUAUCUCUGCCAGACACCGCAGCCCCUUCAGCGUCUGGUUUCUCUGUGUCUCCUACUCAGAAAAGAAAAGAGCAAUUGCCUACCCAAAGUUGUUAAAAGGUCUUAAGUGCCACCUGCGUGCUGGAGGACUCCCUGCCUUCUCUAUGAGCCUGUCGACUCUUUUCCUAAGAAAACUUUCCCACUUAUUAGCAAAAUAAGUGUCCCAUUCAGUUCUCUCUGUACUUCGCCACCAAUUAGUAAGACGAGGAGAAAUGUCCAUGCUGAGCUCUGUGCUGGGGCCAUGGGAGAAGCUGACACGGCUUCACCAUCAGCCCUCCAAGCACCCUUUUAUCUCCCAGCAGAGAUCCUCCCUCUGUCCAUCUAACCCCUGAGCUGGAGCUAUUUCAGGCCAGCUACGCAAAGUCAAUCCAAGACACUGCUGAAGCCUUUGGAAUCUUUAAGUGAAUUACUACCACUUCAGUUCAGCUAAAAAUAGUUCCCUUCACUCCCUAGGGCUGCCCCUGAGUUACAUGAACUCCCCCCUCAGCUUCAUACUCCACCCAAAAUACUGAUGUCUACAGUGAGACUAGCUGCUGCUUAAAGACCCAGGACUGGUGCUGUAACUACAUACCCAGCUGCAAGGCUGGAAGGAAAGGAUGGACACCAUUUAAAGAUAAGCUCAAGAGUAAGAAAUCAGGUCUUUGGGGAAAAACAGAUGUUCUUUUCUCUUCAAACAAUAAAACAUUUGAAUAUUCAUGAGAGGAUGUAGCAUGUACC